AUGAGCACAAUUGCGGUAGAUGCACUGACCUGUGCAUCAAACCAGUUUACUUGCAACAACGAGAAGUGCGUUGCAUCUCGUUGGGUCUGCGAUGGAGACAACGAUUGUGGGGAUGGUUCAGAUGAGAUCAACUGCCCCAGUCUAACAUGCCCCUCAGACGAGUUUGAGUGCACAGGCACCAACGCAACCACCUGCAUCCCCUACAAAUGGAAGUUCAAGCACCCACUGCUCAGGUCCUACUGUAUACUAUGUUCUGCAGGACAUUUCCAAUGUACCAGUGGCGAGUGUGUCCAUAAUUCAUGGAAGUGUGAUGGAGAGAGGGAAUGUUUCGAUGGAUCAGAUGAAGAUUCUUGUCCACUUGUUACACCAAGCCCCUGUGCUGCCGGUGAAUACCAAUGUGACAACGGUGUUUGUAUUCCAGGAGAUGUGGAAUGUGAUGGUACCCAGCAGUGUGCUGAUGGUAGUGACGAAGCAAACUGUAAUGCACCUGCAGAGUGUAAUCCAACCACUCACUUCAGGUGUUCCAACUCUACCUGUCUGACAAUGGUACGUGUGUGUAACGGCAUCCCUGAAUGCCCAAACAACGAGGAUGAACCAGGACAAGAAAUAUGUGGGAGGAAUGAAUGCCUGACAAACAACGGUGGCUGCAACCAUACGUGUCUUGACCUUGCCAUCGGUCAUGUGUGCACCUGCAAUGCAGGCUACGCUCUUGUGAAUGAGACACAGUGUGUGGACAUCAACGAAUGCAAGACCACACUAGGUAUCUGCAGUCAACGGUGCUACAACCUUCCGGGAUCCUACAAUUGUGACUGUGAUGAGAACUAUACCCUGGAGCACGUCAACGGCCGUGGGCACUGCAAGGCCAAUCCGGAGUUUGGUGUCCCAAAGCUUCUCAUUGCCAACCGACAAGACAUCCGCAGCUUUGACCCUAGUACAUCUUCUGAAGAUUACAUCGAGAGGUCUCUCCACAUUGCGGUGGCUAUUGAAUUUGAUUCAGCAUCAAAUACCGUCUUCUGGACAGAUGUCGGACUCGAAGAAGUGGCCAAAACCCAGCUGCAAGCAGAGAAUGAAGUAGAACCUGUGAUCGUGACUGACAAUGUGAAGACUCCUGAGGGUAUUGCUGUGGACUGGAUCAACAAGCUCCUAUACUGGACCGACACUGGCAUCGACAACAUCGUUGUGUCCAAUUUUGAAGGCACCCGGCACACCGUUCUGAUCUCCAGCAACCUUGACCAGCCCCGAGCCAUCGCUGUGGACCCAGAGUCUGGUCUCAUGUUUUGGAGUGACUGGGGAUUAGGGGUGAUCGAGCGUGCUGGCAUGAACGGACAAGGACGCACCGCCAUUGUGACCGAGGGCGUGUCUUGGCCCAACGGAUUGACCCUGGACUACACUCUUGAUAUGCUCUACUGGACCGACGCCAAGGAAAGCAGCAUCAGUUGCGUGGAUUUCAUGGGUGGAAACCGGCGAGUGGUAGUGGCUGGACAGGAUCGUAUCUCCCAUCCAUUCAGCAUUGCUGUCUUUGAAGAUUACAUCUACUGGACGGACUGGACCAAGGAGAGCAUCGAACGGGCUGACAAGUUCACUGGCUCUAACCAGACAACUAUCCUCUCUGGAGUAUCAGAUGCCAUGGAUGUCAUCGUUGUUAAUCCUCUCAGACAGGCUCCUCCUGCAGGGGAAGUGCCAUGUGCCCAAGACAACGGAAUGUGUUCCUACCUGUGCGUGGCUUGCCCUCGGGUUAAUGGUCCGGCUGACUACUCAUGUCUCUGCCCUGUUAAUGUAUCGCUCACCGCUGACGGACACACAUGUGAAGGGGAUGAGCCAACCCCAAGUGUCCCUCAACCUUCUACCCUCUAA